CUCUAUCUCUGCAGAGGAGAUUGUCGCAGCUACAGUCCCUAGCCACGGCGUUGCUACGGGUUGCUAAAUGGCGGCCCACAAGUGGAUGGUUUCCUCUUUCUGAUUUCUCUUCUCAGUUCAGGACGGAAAGAUGGCGAGGACGAGUGUGAAAACGAUCCCCUUUAGAUGACGUUGUUUUUGCUUUACAGUUCCUUGCUUUACUAGCUCGCCGGCAUUAUCGCUCCUCCUUCUUUUUGCCUCGCUCGCACUCUCACUCUCACUCUCUCUCUCUCUUGUCUCUUGAUCAGCUCCUUAGCAUCGUCCCCCAUUCAGGUUUUUCUUCACAACAGUGUGAAUCUUUCCAUCACCGAAAUACAUAUCAUUCUUUGCAUUCCAAGCUUGGACCUAAAAACACAUUGAAUCUAUCCAAAUCACAUCUAUAAAAAAAACCAAGCAUCAUGAAAUUCAUUGUGGCCCCUUUAAUCAUGGCGGUCGGUCUCUUUGCUGCAUCUAUUGUCUCUGCUGCCGCAGGCGGUCAAGAGCCCAAUGUCGCCAACGAAUCUUCGUUCAAGGCCACGAAAACAUCCAUAGACUUCCCCGUGGGCACCAUGUACGCGUUUUGGCCGGACAAAAAAGCAGGUGAGGAUCAGCGCGAGAUCUCGAUCGCAAGCGACGGCGGCAAGAUGAUGAAGUACGUUGCGGUCUUCAAGGAUCCCAAGGAUAACGACUAUGACCUCUCGUCUCCGGAAGCCAUGGCCGAGGCCAUUGUGAACGAUAAGCCCCGCGAUGUAGGAGAGAUCGAUCCGGAGAAUGUCGAUCAUAAGGUGUUAUUCUCGGUGUAUUUGGAUAAGGAUGACAAAGUCCUAUACUCAGUACCGGGGACGAACGUGCCGUCGUCGUGGAAGGAUGUCAAGAACAUAAACGAUGCGAUCUCGAAGGCAAUCAUUGCGAAGCUGGACCCGAAGACGACGGGGAUUGAGGACAUCAAGGAUCCGAAUGCGGCGAUGGCACAGUUUAUCCUGAACAGCAUUGCGAUACAAGGAUCUGAUGCGCUGGAGGAGGCAAAGAAGAACCCGGCGUUGAUGAGUGCGCUUGAUGCGGCGUAUGAGGCUAGUCGGAGCUGGGGAGAUUAUAUCAAGGACUUGGAGGGAAAAGUCGCUGCCGAGGAGGCGGUGUUCAGCAAGAAUGUAGACAGCGAGAAGGUCAAGCGCCAUAACAAGCCGCACCACCACCACCACAAGACGGUGUCCAAGGAACAUCAGAAGAACUAAGAACGGCAGGGACACAAAAUCUGGAAAGAAAUACCCUUCUCCUCUUUCUUUACGAUCAUCUUCAUUUGGUCCGUAAAUGAGAAGAUUGAGAGGAGAAAGGGCAGGCAUAGGAGAGAAGCAUACUUUACAGAUAAAGGAUGAAAUAAGAAAUAGGGGCAGAUUCUCCUACUGUACAGUGCUCUUGCGCCCUUUGUUCAGGAGCAUAGACCACAAGGAUGUGG